UGUGGCAUGAUUUGCCACUCCUAUUAUAUAUAGAUAGAUUGUAUAAUAUAUGUAUAUCAUCUUACAUCAUUAGAAGUGUAGCAAGAGUUUUUACUCCCUUUGCUUCAUGGCAAGCUUUUUCUCUACCCAAAACUCCCCUUCACUCACAAAUGGUGCCACCAAAGAACAAAGCCACAAAAGCCACCAAGAAUCCCCUGACAUAAUACUCUCUGACUUUCCAAAAGAAAGAGGUUGGCUAAGUGAUCAUGUUCAACAAUACAAAGGCUUUUGGUAUCCCACAGGAAUUCUCCAAGGUCUGCUAGCACUUCAACAGCAACACUUUAAGCCAAAACCAAACAGUGUCUUACUAGCCAGUUACCCAAAAUCUGGCACUACAUGGCUCAAGGCCCUUCUUUUUGCCAUUACAAACAGAACACAAUGUGAUUUCAACACACACCCUUUACUCUCUUCAAAUCCACAUGAGUUAGUACCCCAGUUAGAGGCUUAUGCAUUUAAGCACCCAACAAAUCCAACACCAAACACUUGUCUAAUGCAUUCACAUCUUGCUUUCAAUUCUUUACCAGAAUCCAACUGCAAAAUAGUAUACGUCUUUCGCGACCCGAAAGAUGUGUUAGCUUCUUGCUGGCAUUUUGUGCAGAAAUUAAGACCCAAACAACUUCCUUUCAUUUCUCUACCAGAAGCAUUUGAUCAAUUCACUAAAGGGUAUUCCCCUUUUGGUCCAUUUUGGGAUCAUGUAAUGGGAUAUUAUAAAGCCAGCUUAGAAUUUCCAAAGAGGGUUCUUUUCUUGAAGUAUGAGGAAUUGAAGAAAGAUCCAAUCUUUAAUGUAAAGAGAUUAGCAGAGUUCUUGGAGCAGCCUUUUUCCUUGAUGGAAGAAAGUGAAGGCAUUGUGGAGAAAAUAACAGAGCUUUGCAGCUUUGAGAAGCUGAGUAAUUUGGAGGUGAAUAAAGGGGGCACACACACUGGAUUUUUUAUUCCUACUAUUGCAAACAACAUAUUUUUCAGGCAAGGGAAAGUGGGUGAUUCCAAGAACCAUCUUUCAGAGGAAAUGAUUGAGGUUCUUGAUGAAAUCACUAAGCAAAAGUUGGGUUUUGAUUUGAUGACCACAUCUGUCACUCCCCACCAAAAUGGUAAAGGGAUUGAGUCAGACCAGAAUCACAGCAAAUAGCAUGUAUUUUCUUUAUUUAGUAAGGUCUUUCAGAAAUAAUCUCUUAGAAACAAUCUCUUCUCUGCCUCGGAGAGAUAAUGUAAAGCAUGCAUGCAUUGUACCUUUUCCAAAUCCACUUUAUGUAAUUUCAAUUAAGUGGUUGUCUUUUAGGAUAGGACCACAUACCCUAAUUGAGACCCGUGUUAAAGAUUAUUUGUUUUGGUUACCCUCUGUAGGUCAUGUUGCAAGGUUUGAUUCUUGAUUCCAAUAAAUGUGCCUUUUUGUCA